GCUCUACAGCAGCUCUUUUUUCAGUUCCCUAUGAACACUCCUUAAGAUUAGUGAAUGGAGCCAACAGGUGCACAGGUCGUGUUGAAGUAUAUCACAAUGGCACAUGGGGAACAGUCUGUGAUGAUGGCUGGAGCAUAAAUGAUGCACAGGUCGUGUGCCGACAGCUCGGAUGUGGAUCGGCGCUAUCAGCACCUGGAAAUGCCUUUUUUGGUCCAGGUCCAGGCCCUAUUUUGUUGGAUGAUGUUAAUUGCAGUGGAAAUGAAUCCUCCUUGUCUCAGUGCCCUCACGCACCUUGGGGCAGACAUAACUGUGGUCAUCAGGAAGAUGCUGGUGUCACCUGUGAAGUUCCCUAUGAACAUUCUUUGAGACUAGUGAAUGGAGCCAACACAUGCGAAGGUCGUGUUGAAGUAUAUUAUAAUGGCAUGUGGGGAACAGUCUGUGAUGAUGGCUGGAACAUAAAUGAUGCACAGGUUGUGUGCCAACAGCUUGGAUGUGGAUCAGCGGUAUCAGCAUUUGGAAAUGCCUUUUUUGGUCGGGGCAUAGGCAGUAUUAUGUUGGAUGAUGUUAAUUGCACGGGAAAUGAAUCCUCCCUGUUUGAUUGCCCUCAUGCACCUUGGGGCAGACAUAACUGUGGUCAUCAUGAAGAUGCUGGUGUCUCCUGCGAAGGAUCUUUGCGACUAGUGAAUGGAGCCAACAGAUGUGCAGGUCGUGUUGAAAUAUAUCAUAAUGGCACAUGGGGAACAGUCUGUGAUGAUGGCUGGAGCAUAAAUGAUGCACAAGUCGUGUGCCAACAGCUUGGAUGUGGAUCGGCGCUAUCAGCACCUGGAAAUGCCUUUCAUGGUCCAGGUUCAGGCCCUAUUUUGUUGGAUGAUGUUAAUUGCAGCGGAAAUGAAUACUCCUUGUCUCAGUGCCCUCAUGCACCUUGGGGCAGACAUAACUGCGGUCAUCAGGAAGAUGCUGGUGUCAUUUGUGAAG